UCUUUUUGUAAAUUGAAAAUUUCAUUUUCAGUUCCAAAAAAAAAGAAAAAUCAUAGUUUAUAAAGACACGAGGCAGAAGUGCGAAAAUUAUUUUGUAAAGAGUUAUAUAUAUAUAAAGUGCCAAAAAAUUGGGAUCUUUUCUUUCAAAAUCGAUAUCUCAUUUACACAUACUUUGUUAUAUGAAUGCCAGCUUGCUUUUGCAUAUGAAUGAGUGAAUGUGCGUUUAAAUGUCUUCCAAAAACGAAUUGAAGAAAUUAUCGGAAGAGUCGCUUUUACAGCCGCCGGAAAAGGUCUUUGACAUUAUAUGCAAACUAGGCGAGGGUAGUUAUGGGUCUGUCUACAAAGCUUUGCACAAAGAAAGCAGUUCUAUAGUAGCCAUUAAGUUGGUGCCGGUCGAAUCUGAUUUGCAUGAUAUAAUAAAAGAAAUAUCGAUAAUGCAGCAAUGCGAUUCGCCGUAUGUGGUGCGUUAUUAUGGUUCAUAUUUCAAACAAUACGAUCUAUGGAUAUGUAUGGAGUAUUGCGGGGCGGGCAGUGUGUCGGAUAUAAUGCGUUUAAGAAAAAAGACUUUGACAGAAGACGAAAUAGCUACUAUAUUAUCAGACACACUGAAGGGACUUGUUUAUUUACAUUUGAGGCGUAAAAUACAUCGAGACAUUAAGGCUGGUAACAUUUUGUUAAACACGGAGGGCUAUGCAAAAUUAGCUGAUUUUGGAGUGGCUGGUCAAUUGACGGACACAAUGGCUAAGCGAAACACUGUAAUUGGCACACCUUUCUGGAUGGCGCCAGAGGUUAUCGAGGAAAUUGGAUACGAUUGUGUAGCCGAUAUAUGGUCUCUAGGGAUAACAGCUUUGGAAAUGGCAGAAGGUAAACCACCCUACGGCGAUAUUCAUCCGAUGCGAGCCAUUUUUAUGAUACCCCAAAAGCCGCCACCAUCUUUUCGGGAACCUGACCGCUGGAGUACGGAGUUUAUAGAUUUUGUAAGUCUAUGCUUAGUUAAAAAUCCCGAGGAAAGAGCCACCGCCUCUGAUCUGCUGGAACACGAGUUCAUACGCAAUGCUAAACAUCGCAGUAUUUUGAAAGCAAUGAUUGAAGAAACUUGUGCCAUACGUGAGCAACAACGAGCUCAUCGAGCUGCGGGUUUAACGGGGAUCAAUGUGGCGGCCGGAAUGAGUCAAGCCAAGAACUUACCUACGCAGCAGGAAGAUGCAUUGCACGAAGAAGAACAAGAGUUUCCCGCGGAAACAGUAAAAACUUUUAUCGAUGAUCCUGGUACUUUAGUGCCGGAGAAGUUCGGGGAAUAUCAGCAAACCUCAGCCGAUUCCGACGCCACCAUGAUAGCUCAUCCCGAAGAUGAAGGUACAAUGAAAGGUUUGCCAUCUCAAGUUGUUAAUACGCCACAAAGUAUACAAGCUGGAAGCGGUGCAGGCGAUGUGGGAGCCAUCGACAGCGGUACCAUGGUUGAGUUGGAAUCAAAUUUAGGAACUAUGGUUAUUAAUUCAGAUUCAGAUGAUUCGUCUACUGCAAAACGCAGCGAUUUUAACAAACCCCGUUAUCGUCCCCAAUUUCUUGAUCAUUUUGAACGUAAAAAUCCUGACAUGCGUUCUGAUGCUGCAGAUAAGUCUACGACAUCGGAGUACUCACCUGCAGCAGCCCAUGUGGCUGCCUUAGCAGCAGCAGCCGUUAACACACAAGUGGCUGUCCAACAGGCUCAAAUUAAUAAUCACAAUAAUCUUAAUCGUCCUCAGCCACCGCAACAUCCACCGUUAACAAAUACCAAUUCAAAUGAUAGCAAUUGGGAGAGUAAUAUGGAAAUGCAUUUUCAGCAAAUUUCUGCCAUUAAUCAAUACGGUUUGCAACAGCAUCAACAGCACAUACAGCAGCAGCUGCAACAGCAGCAACAACAGGUAGCUGCCGCAGCUGCCUACUUCGGUUAUAAUAUGAGUGAUCAACAUUUACUAGCUUUAAAUCAACAACAACAACAGCAAACUCAUCUGCGCCAACCGCCGGCUUAUCCGCAACAGCAGCAGCAGCAGCAACAGCAAACGCCUCAAGCCCCACACCACCACCAUCAUCCCCAUCACCAUUUGCACUCACAGUCACAUGCCUACGUUGACGGUGAAUUUGAAUUUUUAAAAUUUCUCACCUUUGACGAUUUGAAUCAACGUCUGAACAACAUUGACUCGGAAAUGGAAAAGGAAAUUGAAGAACUGAAUAAGAAAUACAAUGCCAAACGACAACCUAUUGUUGAUGCGAUGAACGCAAAACGCAAACGUCAACAGAAUAUCAAUAAUAACUUAAUCAAAAUUUAAUGAGUUUGAAAGUAUUGGGGAAGCUGAAGGAUGUAAAAAAAAAACAAAUUGUAUUUACGAGUGAGACCGCUAAGAAUCACGUUAUUUUUGAUGGAGAUUUCUUUGAAAAUAGUUGGUUUCGUUUUUUUUUUUUUUCUUCGUAUGUGGUGAUCAAUUUCUCUCCACAAUAAAUUGUUUUUGCAGAAGCUUGUAAGAACUUAAAUGAAUUCCAUUUUAUUUUGUCCAAAUUUAAAUUUGAAUUGUUUUUCUAAGUAACUUUUUAAAAAAUCAAAUCGAAAAUCGAAAGCUUUACAAAAAAAAAAAAAAACUUUAUCUACGUACAAGAAAAAAAUUUCCUUUUCCAAACCUUACGAUCAUAUCAGUUCUAUGUUAAAAUUUUUAUUUUUUAGUAAUAAGAAAAUAGAAUAAAUGAUAAAACUCAACACUUAGAUGCCUGCCACCAAAACUCAGCUCCUUUUUAGUAACCUUGAAAACAUAUAUUGAAGGAUAAACGA